AUGCCGAUUACGAAAAUUAAAGAACAAGAAUUGGAAAUAGACUUACGAAAUGACAAGUUUCCAACCUGUAAGAAUGAUGAUAUAAAUGACGCGGUAAUACCUACCUUGAAAAAGACCAGUGGCAAUCAAGCAACCGAUUCAUCAUAUGAUGAUAAUGACCAAACAUCAGGCUUUG